AUGUCUGUAAUGUAUCACCAACCGACAUAUGAAAGUCAAUUAUUUGGAUAUAGACAAUGUCGCGAUCAAAAUUUACUUGCAUUCUUAAGACAUCUUCAGUGUUUACCUCCAAUGGAUAAAAACGGGCCGAUGAACGGUCGCUGUAGUCGUGAAACAGAGCAAAUGGAACAGUUUCUGAAUCAAGCAUUCGGUUUCACAAAUAUUCCUCAACAUUAUAUUGUUCCGGGCGUCAAAUCAUUCUCUUUACAGCAGUAUCCACAUCAAAUGCAGCCGGAUGCAGUCAUUUACUUUCCUCACAAGUGUGCCAAUUCGUUUGCAAUGACUACACAAGAAAUCAAAAAUUGGCAGCGUUCCUAUAGAGUAUACGCAGCCAAAAAUGUCAACGGGAUGAGUAAAGAGACGUUGCAUAAAGCGUUACAGGGUAAGAGUGAAGAUGGUUCAGAUGCUUUUCGCAUGAAAUUUGUCGUACGCAUUUCUACAUGUCCCAUCCUCAUGGAAUUCGAUGCCAAAGUUAUUCCUCGUCGAUUGACAGACGAAUGGCCUAAUCGAAUAAAGCUUGUAUCUGUCACUGGGAUUGAUUUCGCUGGUCGAAAACAUGACAUCGGUGAUAUUCAACACUACCUGUUAAAUUGGCAGAAACUGUUUCACUUGGAUCCAAAAACAGGCUUACCGGUGGUUCAUAAUGGAAGAGACUUCUGUCCGGUGAGUCGUGGACCUUCAGCUAUACUCGAUGAGAAACGUCUUCGAGAUAGUCUUACACUUAUGGUCAGAUUGCGAUUACGAGCGUGUGACGAAGAAGGUGUACACAUUGUCGUUGAGACAGGCAUUGGCUUAGGAGUGUUCUCCGGCAAACAACUUGGAAUUGAUCAGAAAGUUCGACGAUUGUCUGCACGCGCUGCUCGAGAAGUACUCGAAGAAGAUGGUCCAUCAUACAAAAGCAUUCGCGCUGUUGUCUUUGCUCUACCCGUAUUCAGUCAAGGCAGAUCUCAUGAACGUGUGCCUGAUACUUAUGACGAUUUCGUAAACGAAUUUCGAACAUCGAACUAUAAUGGUCGUAUUCCGGUAUUAAUUGCUGAUCAAGACAUGCAUCGGCUAACUGUUGCCAUUGCUCGACGUGGCUAUAUUGUGUCUGAAUUGAAUCCAGCAGAUUCACACGGUGUAUUCGGUGAAUAUUGGCAAAAUCGAGGACCAGCUGUAGAAGAAAAGCUUGCAUUAACCACAGUUGGUCUCCUCGUGCAACACCAUCUAAUCAACGCAGAAGUUCUCAACAAAGAUCGAUAUCAUGUUCUAGACAUGAGUGGUACACCAGGAUCGGAGCCAUAUGCCAAGACUACUCAUGGCAACAGAGAUGAUAGAAAUCCUCACAAAUAA